UCCCGGCUCCUUGCGCGGGGCUGGCAACCGCUGUACACAGGGAGGGAGGGAGCGAGUGAGCGAUGCGCGCAGCUCCUGUCCGUCUACUCAGCCUCCGCCGCCCCGAGCCAUGAAUCUGGGAGAUGGACUGAAGCUUGAAACUGAAGUGCUGGAUGGAAAGCCUAGGCUAAUUUUAGCUGCUUCUGAUAAAUCAAAGCCUACAAUAAAGAUGGGUAAUAAAGCCAGAGCACCUAAACAGGCAUUGAGAAUAAGGCAUACUGGGCAUGUUCUGAGGUCAACACAAAAUGCUUGUAUCAAGCAGGAAAACCUAAAGCCAAGGAGUGAAUCAAGCUUAUCAAUGACAAAAGGUGAAAAACUGCAAGUUACUAAACACUCCUCACAUGAAGCCACAACUAAAGAUCACUCUUUGAUUUUCCAAAGAGAUAGCAUAAAUGGAUAUCCUGAUUCAGAGAAUCCUAAUGUUGUUAAAAAAAGUAAACAAAAACCUCAAAACCCACGUGUAUCAGCUGAAGACCUAAGAAGUUUGGCGUGUUUAACACAAGAACAGCUUCAACAGAUUUUGAUGACUGUAAAAGAAGGAACUAGAAGCAUCUCUGAGACUCAUAAUGAAAAGCAAGAGGAAAUGGCUACUAAUGAGGCAUCAGAGGAAAACAUGAUAGCAUUGCUCCAAAAAGCUUGUGAAGUUUCAUCUGUUCCAGAUGAAGCUAACUCUGAUUCAAGCAGGAAACAAGAAGCAUAUCUGCAGCCAGGACAGAAAGUUGUAAAGGAUUCCUGGAAACCUGCUGACAUGUUUAGUACCUUGGGUGAAAGAGAAGGGGCGAAAGCCUUAUUAGAAUUUAGAAAGACCCAAUGGAAGAAGGAAUUAGAUGAACAGGUAGCGCUGAAGAAGAAACUGAAAGAAACUUUGGAGCGAGAGGUGGGUUAUUUCUGGGCAAAACCUGGCAAUAAUAAAGCCCAUAAAAAGAACAUGGAAACAGCUGACCCAGAUAAGAUAAUGUUUCCAGCUGACUCAAUUAUUACUGCUGAGGAAAACCGGGUCUGUACAACUGCUUUAACCACAGAGCCUAAUCAACUUCCACUGAAUGUUUCAAGUGCUCCAGCUGGGCAAUCUUCUGAUUUCAGUUCUUCUGACUUACCAGCUGUCAAUUGUACGGCAUUUGUUUUAGGGGAAGCUGUGCCACAGGAACGACCUUUUAGUGCUUUGAAGCCUGAGCAACAGAAGAAGUGGCUUGAAGAGCUGGACAAACAGAAGGAAGAAGCUAAGCUACGAAAAAUAGAAGAAAACCUUAAUUCAUCAAAGGCUGAAGAGCAUGACAGAUGGGCAAUGCAUUUUGAUUCUUUAAAGAACCACCUUAAUGCUAAUGCACAACUCCCCUUAAAUGGAAUGUACAAAAAGCAGCCUGAAAGUCUUUGCCUGUCACCUGACCCUAAGGAGCUGACUGCUUUUAUUCACCCUUUUUCACCUGCAGCUUUAGGCAACCUCAUGCCCUCAAAGGUGGGAAAUGCAGAAAAAGCUGCUAAAAACAGUGCUUUGGAACAGAGUCAGAAAGUUAGUUUUCUCCGUUCAAUGACAGCUCUCCUGGACCCUGCACAGAUUGAAGAGAGAGACAGGUGGCGGCAGAAACAGUUAGAACAUCAGAAAGCAAUAAUGGCUCAGGUAGAAGAAAAACGGAAGAAGAAACAACUGGAGGAAGAGCGGAGAAAAUGGGAAGAACAAGAGGAAGAAGAGCGCCUAGCACGAGAAAAAGAACAAAUGCAGAAACAGUUUGAAGAAGAUAUGCUGAAACAAAAACAAAAGGAGGAACUAGUGACUCUUAAAACAAAUGAACUUUAUCAGACAAUGCAGAAAGCUCAAGAAUUAGCACUGAGAUUAAAACAAGAACAGCGCAUUCGAGACUUGGCUCAGAAGGGACAUGACAUUUCAAAUCUUCAGAAGAAUCUUGGUGGUGGUGAUACAGAAUUUGAAAAUUGCAAUACUGACAUUUCACAUCAAAGUCAUAAUUGUUGUGAUGACAUUAAGAGCCACAUCAAUCAGCAGACUUCUCCUCGGAAAGACACUGCUGUACAGACAGAUGACUUUAAUACGUCAGCAUACACUGAGUCAGCUGAGGAAAGAACUGUGUGUUGUGGAUCGCCUGAUAUUUCCAUAGAAUAUAAAGAAACCUCUAACAGCAAAAAAUACCAGAAGGAAAUGCAGUAUAUAGAUAAAAAUAAAAUUUCAGGAAGAGAAACUGGUGGCAUUUACAGUGAUCUAUAUGAACUAUAUGCAAGAAAAGAGAGACAAAGUAAACCUUCAGAAAAAUACAGCAAAAGACCUGACUGGAACAUAAACAAGCCAGGGAAAAGAUACAUUCCAGCAUCAGAAAGAUACCCUAAACAGCUACAGAGACAAAGGGAAGAAAACAAAGUAAGACGACAAAUGGAGCUGCUUCAGUUAGUAGAAAGAAAUACUCCUGGGAAUCUAUGCCCAAAAAAAGGUGGUUAUUCAGACAGGUCUCCUUCACCUCACGAAGAAAUAAAUAUGAAGAAUAAGGGACACAGAGUCAGAAAGGAAGAACAACUACAUAAGAAUCAUUUGAAUGAAGAAAGAUCUGAAUCACCACCUGUUCCAGCAGUUAAGAACAGAUUACACCAAGUACAACAAAAACAGAUACAUGCUCCCAGUUUCCUGGUGCAUAACAACAAUAGUAGAAGAGAGAAAAACAUCAAGACAGAUACACAGCAGAGGAGCUCCUCUCCUCCCAUUACAGAAGCUGGAAGACCUCCCUCUUCACAAUUUAUUCCAUAUGUUCGAACAAAUGAAGUAUAUUAUCUUGAUCCAGAUGCACCAGUGACUAGACCUUCAACACAUGACCCACAGUAUCGACAGUUUAAUGAUUCUUACCAAACGCCACGACAGAUUUUUAGCUCUGAUCAUGUUAGAGAUCCUCUUCUAAAUCCUGAUGUAGUUAAAAUCAGAGAGAGACAACAAGCAAUUCUCAAAGGAUUGUCAGAAUUACGCCAGGGCCUCCUGCAGAAGCAGAAGGAGUUGGAGACUGCUCUGAUUCCCACUAUAGCUCAAGAAGAGAACUUUAUUUCGCCAUUUUGAGAUCUCUGCGGAAGAUGCAUAACCCGAGUUCAUGGUAGUUGUUCUGUGGUAUCAUGUGAUAAAACACCACAGAACCUCAGCCCCAGUGUCCUCCCAGCAGCAACUGUCCUUAGCCAUAACCUGACUCUGAAGGUACCUCUCAGCAGCAGGGAAGGGAAGAGAGGCGUGUUUUCCUCUCGCUUGGAUGCCAAGUCAUGCCAUAGGUCAGAACCUGCAUUUGGCAGUGGAACUGGUAGAAGCAUCUGCCACAAAAUCCAUUGGGGUUUGUCAGUACAAGGGAGUUAAAAAAUUAAAAAGAUUUGCCGUGUUUGGGGGGAGGGCAACAACUGCUACACUACUCUAGUACGGGUUUGUUCUUAAUUUAAACAAAUAAAUCAAACAACUGUUCAUAGAAGGACAUUCAACUUUAGGGAAAAGUCCAUGGAUUCUGUUUGUUUUUUCAAAAGCUCCCCUUUUUUAACCAGUAACAUUUGUCCUAACUGAUUUUGUGAGUUUAGAGUCAUGUCAUUUCAAACACUGUCAUCUGGUAUGAAACCGCACAUCCUACAUAAAAGUGCUAAAAUCAAAUUACAAAUGGGACAAAAGCCCCUAAACAUACGACUUUGGACAACCUAAAGACAAAAGCAGUAACCGUACGAGUCAAGCAUCAGUACGUGCAGAGCCAGCAGUGUGAUGGCAAGGCUAAGUCUUGAGACGCCACAGCUCUUCACCAUCAGCUGCUAUUCUCCAGGAGCCCAAGUCUGAUGAUGAUGUAAGAGAGACUGGCUGGGGAAAAAUAAGUUUAUAACACAGCAGAUAUGAAAUUAAAAAGGGCAAGACAGAGAAACAGAUAAAACUCUGUACUUAGGACAAUGCCAGUUUAAAAAAAAAAAAUAAAAAGGAAAGCACCAGUAAUUAUUACGCUAAAGUGGGAGAGGACUGAGAUUUUUGUAAUGCAAAUUGAACCACUACGCUCAUUAAAAACAGGUUUGUCCUUCUGCCAUUACAGUAAUUACAGUGGCAAGACAAAGUUGUAAGAUCACUCCGAUGGUGCUGUAAUAAGCAUGGAGUAUCAAAAUUAAAUACAAAGAUAAUUGCUAUUCAUGAAAUAAAGUUUGGGUAUGUUUCUCGCAUACUUUGAAAACAAUAUA